UAUUGAGCUCCUGAUCUGCUGAACUGCUGUUGUUGCUGCUUUUCCCUUUUUGACGGCUUUGUCCUUUUUUGAAAUGGCAACAGACCCAUAACCCGGACCCUUCCCUCGGCAGAGAGGGCCGUCCUGCGGAAAGAAGGGCGUCUGCAGGGAGGGAUUGGCGGAGGCCGUGAAGAAGAAGCUCCAGGCCGAAGUGGAGAAGGACCAGCAGGUGCCAAAAGGUAACUUCUGAAAAAGCUCUGCAAAGAAUACGUUGUGAGAGCUUUGCCCAAGGAGUGCUCUAAGUCUAAAGGGACUUCAAAAUACACAGCAAUGACAACAAGAAAAAAUAAGUAGUAAAAAUAUAUUUCAAGCUACAAACCUAUGCAGUUAAGAGGAGGAAAUAAGAUUGUGCUGAAAAAAGAGAGGCUUGGGAAAGCGAGCAGAAGGCUACAGCAAUACAAAGACAAAUACAAAGUUCAGGAGGUUAUAUCUGUGAACUCCUGGCAUAAUAUUUGAAUUAUAAAUAUAAAAGAAUGGCAAGUCCUCUACCUCCCUAUCCUAGAUCACACACAGGGGAGAAGUUACAUCAGUGUCUGGAAUGUGGGAAACAAUUUGAUUGGAAAAAUUCUCUUACUGUACAUGAACGGACCCACACAGGGGAGAAGCCAUAUGAAUGUGUGGAAUGUGGAAAGAGCUUCAGUCGGAGUGACAAAUUACGUUCCCAUCAAAGGACCCACACAGGGGAGAAACCCUAUAAAUGCAUAGAAUGUGGAGAAAGCUUCAGUCGGAGUGACAGUCUACGUUCCCAUCAAAGGACCCACACAGGGGAGAAGCCAUAUAAAUGCAUGGAAUGUGGAGAAAGCUUCAGUCACAGUGGCAGUCUACGUUCCCAUCAAAGGACCCACACAGGGGAGAAGCCCUCUAAAUGCAUGGAAUGUGGAAAGAGCUUCAGUCAGAGUGACAAAUUACGUUCCCAUCAAAGGACCCACACAGGGGAGAAACCCUAUAAAUGCAUAGAAUGUGGAGAAAGCUUCAGUCGGAGUGACAGUCUACGUUCCCAUCAAAGGACCCACACAGGGGAGAAGCCAUAUAAAUGCAUAGAAUGUGGAGAAAGCUUCAGUCGGAGUAACAAUCUACGUUCCCAUCAAAGGAAGCACACAGGGGAGAAGCCAUAUAAAUGCAUAGAAUGUGGAGAAAGCUUCAGUCGGAGUGACAAUCUACGUUCCCAUCAAAGGACCCACACAGGGGAGAAGCCAUAUAAAUGCAUGGAAUGUGGAGAAAACUUCAGUCAAAGUGGCAGUCUACGUUCCCAUCAAAAGACCCACACAGGGGAGAAGCCACAUAAAUGCAUAGAAUGUGGAGAAAGCUUCAGUCCGAGUAACAAUCUACGUUCCCAUCAAAGGAAGCACACAGGGGAGAAGCCAUAUAAAUGCGUAGAAUGCGGAAAGAGCUUCAGUCACAGUGGCAAUCUACGUUCCCAUCAAAGGACCCACACAGGGGAGAAGCCAUAUAAAUGCAUAGAAUGUGGAAAGAGCUUCAGUCGGAGUGACAAGCUACGUUCCCAUCAAAAGACCCACACAGGGGAGAAGCCAUAUAAAUGCAUAGAAUGCGGAAAGAGCUUCAGUCGGAGUGACAGUCUACGUUCCCAUCAAAGGACCCACACAGGGGAGAAGCCAUAUAAAUGCAUAGAAUGUGGAAAGAGCUUCAGUCAGAGUGACAGUCUACGUUCCCAUCAAAGGACCCACACAGAGGAGAAGUCACCUUAAUGCACGGAAUAGGAACAGAGCUUUAGAAAAAGUUCAGCAUACAGUAGACAUCACAGAACUCAUGUACCUCUAGAGGAGACGGGCCUUUGAGUUUCCGAAUCUAUAAAAACACAUUGGAAGGAAAGAGGAAGGCCAGCACCUUGCUCUCUCUCCACCAUGAAUCGGAGUUUGUGUGGCCUUGGUUGACGGCUACUGGGAGCAGGUGUCGCUCAGAAUGGCAGCAAGCUUGGAAGGGGUUCACCUAACCUCCUCCGCAAAGAGACCCAUCGCAGGCUUCUAGGAUGAUGUGUGAAGGUUUGCUGAAAUGAGCAGCAGCAGAGAUCUCUGGAUUAAAGGGUUCUGAAAAAGAAUAGCUCUUUGGUUGCAGAUAACGUCGUAUCUUCAUACUCCUGCCUUAUUUCUUGGCUCUUCUGCAUUCAAUGGCAUCAAUUGUUUCCCAUGCAUGUGUACUGUAUGUACUGUGAUCUGUCCUGAGUCCCUUGGUUGAAAUUUUGGGUGCUAGCCCUGUACUUUUAACCCUUUUCUGGACUUUGUUGUAUCCUGAAUCAUUGACUCUAAAUUCUGGACUGACGUCUAGGUUUCGUAUAUGGACUUGGACUUUGUUUGUAUCCCUGACUUUCUGGCUUGACUUUGGGACUCUAAAUUCGGUUUGUACUCUUGAUUUCUUGGUUGUUGUUUUAUCAACUUAGCUGAAUGAACUCCUGGCAUGUGACUGUUGGGACUGUGACCUUGGUUCUUGUUAAUUUUCACUCCUGACCUGUAUCUGCAGUACUCAACUUGUCCGCAAUAAUUGGACUCUUGACCUGCACUUGUAUUCAUUGUUCCUUCAACUGUGUUGCUCCAAUUAUUUUAGCUCAGUGGCUCCCAACCUUUUUUUAACUAGGGAUCAUUUGACAAGGGACCACUCUCCAAAAUUAGUACCAGAAGGGUUAUAAAUCAGUUUUUGGUCAACUUUAGAUUUGGUUUGGUUAUUUGGAGUGAUGAUUCAGAAAAUUGCAUUGGAUAGACCACGUCAGCUCUCAUUCCUGAUAUGCCAUCCAGUGAGUCGUCAUCUGCUCGCCCACAGAAAACCAUAUUUAAUAAUCCUCGGGACUAUAAGAGGGUUUCGCGAGACCAGUCACUCUCAUUGUAAUGGUGUAGUAACUGUGAGGCUGUGAACCCUAUUUUAGUUCUUGCCGACCACUGGUGGUCCAUGGACCCCAGGUUGGGAACCACUGUUUUAGCUGGACUGAAGACUUUAGUUUUCCUAUAAAAUAAUAUGGUCUUGGCUUGUCUUGUGUUUGUUUAAUAAACCUCAGACUUUAUACCGAGAGAGCCCUGGAACAUGAGACCAUCAGCCUUGCUUUGUGUGUACUUAUCCCUGUGUAGAGUGAAACCCUUUCUGGAUAUGAGACUGUUCAAUCCCCACCUUUGGCAAAGGGUCCAUUAGGACACACAGUAUCCCUCCCCAACUGCAGAGAAUGGAAGACAAAAAAUGACUACAACGACUGAUGAAGAUUCAUGAAUCCGUUGAGAUGGACAUAUUAACUACAUUCAUGAAGUAUAGAACCGCAUUGAAAGGAAAUAAGAGUAAAUAGAGAUACAAAUCAUAUAGUGAGUGAGUUUUGUAAAUUAGCGUUUGAUGUCAGUUAGUUUUGUUCUUAUUGUCCAAGGUGUGUGUCCUUGUUCCCUUUAUAUUUGUUAAAUAGUCCUUUUUUAAAAAAAUGUACCAAAAUUAUUAUUUGUAUAAAAUACUGUUUUUAAAUACCAAAAUUGUAAUUUGUGUAAACAUGCUUUGAUUUGUUUUUCUUCUUUAGUCUUUGAAUAAAUAUUGUUUUUUAAAAACGA